CACUGUCACGAAACGAAAUCUGAACUGAUCAUUGCGCUUGUUGAAACAAAACUAUCUCAGGCUAGUAGUAUUUUAAUAGUUGUUUUUGUGUAUGUGUUUGUGGAUUUACAGAGUCUAAUGACUCGAGUCUCAUGACCCAAUAUAGUGAGCUUUAUAGCUGACCAGAAAAGGACUUUACAUUUGGCAGCGCAACCGGCAACUAGACAUUUAAACCAAGCUAGGAUAGCUUUUUUUAAAAUACCUUUUGUGCCUAUCUUCGUGUUGUGUAGCCAUAAUAAGGUUUUAUAUCUUCAUAUCCUUAAAUAAUUCCGCAGUAUUUCGCUGUUGGACCGAUAACAAGGUCCUUGUGAAUAGUUCACUUCUCUACCGAAACUGCUGCUUCAAGUAGUCGCUGAAAGCUUCGGCAAUAAUAAGGUAUGGCUGAGGAAAAUACCCAGUUCUGCAGUAAUUGUAAGCAUGACAUUCCAGAGGCCAACUUUACAACACAUGAGAUUCACUGUCGGCGGAACAUUGCUCUAUGUGAUGUGUGCCAGGAGCCCUUUCCACGUUCCGAACUUGUGCAGCACAAUGAGCUGGAUCAUGCAGAGGAACAAUGCAAGUGUGGAUUAAAAAUAGAGAAACAGUUCAUGGAGACUCACCAGAGGUCAGAGUGCAGUCACCGACUUGUCCCAUGUCAAUUCUGUGAUCUGGAGCUGGCCUUCUGUCAAGCUAAAGAGCACGAGGAAUACUGUGGGACCCGCACUGAGCCCUGCACGGUCUGCAAGUGUAACGUUAUGCUGAGAGAGCAAAAUGACCAUCCAGCCCUGUGCGGUAGCUUCAUGCCCCCUCGAGAGAGGAAUAGCGGUAGGGCAGUCUCACAGUCUCCUGGAGCUUGGUUUGACACUCACUCCAUUCAUAACCUGUUGAGGGCCCAGGAGAGAAGCCACAAUAACAACAACAUAGGGGCAGCAGACCGCAGGGGCCCACCACGACCCUUGGAGGACAGACUACAUAAUAGCACCAGAGGAACAGUGAGGGCAGGAACCAGGACAAACACACAAACAAGGAACAAUGAAUUUGCAUACUUGCUGGAUCAGGAAGGAGAGCUGGGGAACAACAACAACAGCCUGCUGUGGUCUCUGGGCCAGCUGCCAGACUAUGACUCCUCCAGUCUGGACUACAUGCUGGCCCUCAGCCUGCAAAAUGAAGGUGACUUGGAGGACCCAGGGGGUCAGGAGGGUGUGUGGACUGAUGUGUGGGACUAUCACCCGGAAAGGACAUCAGCCCAUAGCAAUCUUACUACCCAGCUCCCUAACAACACUAACAACAACUGCACUGCAGCUCCCCCUAAAUCCAAUACAAUCCCAGGCCAUAGCUCUUCAUCAAAUAUCAUGCUACCUUGCGAGUUCUGUGAAGAGCUCUUUCCAGAGGAAGACCUUAUCUUACACCAGACCGGCUGCAGCCCGGCCUCUGCUAUCGCUUCCUUCAGUAAACAGGCUCCCUCUUUUCACUAUGAAGACAUCAUAGCACAAGGGGCUGAUCAUGCCAUUCCUCCCUGCACACCCAGUCCACCCACCCUGCCCCUGUCUGUCUCUCCACUCAGUUCGUUAUCCAGUCCUGUUGAAGUGCUCAUUCCUUGUGAGUUUUGUGGCGUUGCCUUGGAAGAAGAUGUGCUCUUUCACCAUCAGGAUAAGUGUGACCUCCGCCCCCAGACAGCUUAUUCAACAGAUGAAGUGUCUCCACGGAAACCACACCACACAGUCAAAGCACAUGAGUGGAGCUCUCCUGAGAGGCAGAGAAGCUCUCCUGAGAGGCAGAGGAGGGUGGGACUUCAAGCUGACCCAGGUGAGGAGCUCCUGCAGCAGACAGCUCAGGGGUGGCGGAGAGGCACGUCAGGUUUGGACCAAUGGAAGCCCUCAACCUACGGCUAUACAAAGAACACUAAUGCUGAGCAGCAGAUAAAGAGCAGGAACCAAAGGCGCAGAGCAGUCGAGGUUAAUACCUAUCCAACACCACUCAAAGAAAGCCUCAAGCCCCUUUCUACAGCCACAUCAGGACCUCCCUACAGAGGAAGGCUAGAAGGUCAAGGGAGUGAGAAAAAUACAGAGACACCAAAGGUGCCUAAAAAACAUAAUGUUGAAAAAGAAGAGGAGUAAAAGAAAUCAAACAAACUUUUGUUACUCAAACAAAUGACCUCUUAUUACUAUUGAUGGGCUGUUAUGUUUGUGUCUGUUUUAAACAUCUGUCUCUGUCCAGGUGAAUUAAAAAAUGAUUUGGCUUGUACAUGUAUUUCUAUGAUUGCACUAGUUUUUUAAUUCUUUUUUUUUUUCUAUGGUGUUUGUCUGUGAUUUAAAAUCUUUGUUUUAAGCUUCUUAUUAUUUCCUUUCAUAGACAUACUUGGAGAAAUGUCUAAAAACUGUACACGUUGAAAAAUGCUUGUAUAAAAAUUAUAAAUUCCUAUUUGAUCCUGAUUGUGAAGUAAUUUUCAGUGCACAGUUACAAAACACCAAGUAGUGCUAAAAACAAGACAUGCACUGUUCAAAUUUGUGAAUAUUUGAGAAACAUUUAAUUGUAUUAUUGUAAGGCUGUCUCUAAGGUGGCGCAUUGUUGUCGCAUAAAUAUUUUCUUCAAUCGGUUAUGUUAUGUAUCAAUCACAUGUCUUUUCAAUAAAAAAGAUUUAACUGGGGCUGAAGGCUCUCUUAA